UCUAAAAAUUGUACUGACCGUGCUCAUACAAUGCAAGACUUCGAAAAAGCAGUGAUGAAUGUAAUUAAAACCGAAUUUCCCAAUACGAAGAUUCGCGGGUGUUUCUUUCACUUAAUUCAAGCGAUUUGGAGACAAAUACAACACCAUGGUCUUGCAAAACAAUACAGUGACGAUGUACAAUUUUUAUUAGAAGUACGAAAAUUAGCUGCACUUGCAUUUGUACUUGCCGAUACAAUUAUUGAAGCAUUUGAAUCGUUAUUAGAAAGUACAUAUUAUAUUGAAAAUGAAGAAAUGUUAUCACCACUAAUAACAUAUUUUGAAGAAACGUGGAUUGGUCUUUUGGAUAGGAGAGGAAAUCGUCGACCCUCAUUAUUUUCCAUUUGAAAUCUGGAGUUGUUAUAAUAGGUUACAAGAAAGUUUACCCUGGACUAACAAUAAGAUAAAGGGUAUAAUGGAUUUUCAGCAAUGAUAAGCCAUACGUGACCAAUUAUU